GAAAACCUCGGAGUAGAGACCAGAGAGCAGCAAUGGCUGAACUCGUGCUUGGGCUGGCCAAGUCGGCGGUGGAGGGGACGCUGACCAUGGCCAACUCGGCGAUUGAGGAGGAGAAGAAGCUACAGAAGAGUGUCAAGUGCGACCUGAUGCUUAUCUCGGACGAGUUCAAGAUGAUGCACUCCUUCCUCAAUGUCGCCAAGGACCACGUCACAAACGAUAUGGCGAGGACCGUGGUUUGGCAGGUCCGCAACCUGGCCUUAGAUGUCGAGGACUGCAUCGAGUCCGUCGUCCACCUGGCCAACAAGUCAAGCUGGUGGCGUCACUUGCUCCCGUCCUGCUUGCCUCCAGCGGCGCCGGUGGCGGCCUUAGAGCAUGCCAUCGCCGACAUGGAGCUGCUCAAGGCCAGGGUUGAUGCCAUGGGGCAGAGGAACAUGCGCUACCGCCACAUUGGUGACUCCAGCUCCAGGCCCUCCCAGCAGAAGCGUCAGCAGGCUUUGACCAAUGCAACAGCAUUGGACAUCCUCGUUGAGGCAAGGGGUGCUAUGGAUGACAGCAGCCAAUUGGAUCUCCUCAAGUUGACAAGCCAGAAAUAUGAUGUGCUUCAACUUCAAGUCAUCUCAGUGUGGGGAACAGCAAGCAAUGUUGGGAUGACAUCCAUUAUCAAGGAGGCCUAUGACAAGCCAGAACUCUGUGAAAACUUCAGACGACGUGCCUGGGUGAAACUGAUGCAUCCCUUCAAUCCCCAUGAGUUCAUCCGGAGUUUGCUGAUUCAAUUCUACUCAAACUGUUGUCUACAACAAGGAAGCGCUGUAGAUCUCCUGAAGCCGAUGGAGAUGAUAGAGGCGACAAAAGGUGAACUCAUAAAGGAGUUCAAGAAGCAAGUGAACAAUCACAGAUACCUAAUCAUUCUCGAAGAUAUGUCUACCAUGGAUGACUGGGACACCAUCAAGCCGUACCUAAUGGACAACAACAAUGGCAGCUGCAUCAUUGUGCACACGCAGCAGCUCGAAAUUGCAAGCCUGUGCAUCGGGCAAUCAUACCAAGUAUCAGAGCUGAAGCGAUUCUCAGACGAUCAUUCAGUUUGUGUGUUUUUCAAGCAGGAUCGAGGAAACAAAGUGCUGACAACUAAAGAGAAAGCUGCACGUGUCUGGUUAGACAAAUUUGAACGUGUACGUGUCGGUCGCGAGAUCGAUUUAAAUGAACUUCAUAUGGCAGUUCAUGCCGCCGACAGAGACGUGAUCCUCGUGUGGGGGAUUGCUGGUGUUGGCAAGUCAUCUAUUGUCAGACACGUGUACUGCUCAGAAGUGCUUGCACCCAGAUUGAGUACUUUCGAAAGGUUCGGUUGGGUGAAUGUAUCCCAUCCAUUAAAUAUAAGGGAGUUAUCACGGAGCUUGCUGUUGGAUUUACACUCUGAGUCUCUACAACAGUGCAGCAUGUUGAGAAUCAAAGAUCCGAUUCAAGAAUGUUGCGAUCUUCUACAUGAACAUAGGUGCCUCGUUGUUAUUGAUGGUCUGCAGUCCAUGGAAGAAUGGGACUUGAUAAAAGCUACCUUGGCACUUAGGGCAAGUGGGAGCCAUAUCAUUGUCAUUACAAAUGAAGAAAGUGUUGCCACAUACUGUGCAGCAACACUAAUGUGGAACGUCAAAGGAUUAGAAGUUGAUGAAUCCCUUGAUCUCUUCAAAAAGAAGGUAUCUGAGAUGCAGACUGGUUCCUCUGACCUUAGCCCAGCCGUGAUUGAGCAAGCAAAACUUAUCUUACACAAGUGUGGUGGACUUCCCAAAGUGAUAGUUGCUAUAGCUAACUUCUUGGCCACCAGAUUAAACACCUCAAAUGAUUUAGAGGUCUUGACAAUGCUGAACGAUAGCUUUAUGCACAACUUGGAGACCGACCGAGCAUUUGGUAGUUUACAGGGUCUAUUUGAUUGGGUGCAUUCCUACUUCCUUACCUGCCCGGAUUUCCUCAAGCCAUGUGUCUUCUAUCUGUAAUGACAAUGAUAUGGCUCAAUGGAAGAGAACCUUGUAUUUUCACUGGAGGGGCAUUGCAGGAUGA